AUAUAUAUAUAUGUACAAGUCCAUCGAAAUUCUUCGAAGUAAAUCCUACGACAUAGCAAUAGUGUGGUGAAGACAGUUCGUAGUGAAGCAAAAUUCCUUUGUUGAAUUAACGGACGAUAAGUGUGAGAAAAAAAAGAAAAAGAAGAAGAAGAAGAAAGAGAGAUAAUAGUGGUCGAUGUUCGAAAUCGUAUUGGAUAGAUCUCAUUAGAAAGGAAUGACCAAUUAGCGAAGGAAGGGAAGAAUUACGAAGAAAAUAAAAGAAAAGAGAAACAAAAAAGGAAGAAGUAGCGAACGAAUAAUAAUGAACGUAUAAAGAAAAAGAAAAAUAAAAGAAGGACGAUGAUCGUUAGUCGGGUUUUCUUUCUUUCUUUUUUUCCUCGUUUUUUUUUACAUCGGUAUCAUCGCGAUCGGUUUGAACGGGGAGACGAUUUUCGUUCGUGAAACUUCGUAAUAAAUCGUGACAAUUCGGGAAAAUUCGGGAAAAUUCGGAGGAUUUCGAAUUUUCUCGGGUAAACGUGUAUCGUAGGUGAGAGGUUAGGUGGGAAUAAGAAAAAAAAAAGAGGGAGAAGAAAAAGAAAAAGAAUAAAGAAGUGCAGGAAGAGGAGAACAGAAGUAGUAGGAGUAGAAAGAUAAGAAGAAGACAUAUAAAGGCAAGUUCGUUCUGGCGCCAGAGGAAUGAUUUUCACCGGAAGGUCGGUCGACGCUCUCGACGAGGUACGCGGUAGCAGCGGCGUCGUCGUCCAGAGCGACGAGCGUCGCGACGUUAAAGCCGUCGCUAUAGCAGCCGGUUGGUUCUCCAGUUUGCGCAGACCCGGCAAGAGGAACAAGAGAUCCUGCCAAAAACAGGCUAAGAGUGCUUGGGACCUUACCACGUUAUCUACGCAAUUGAAAGAUGAACUUGGUGAGGUCGUGGCAGAGAUGGAGGCGAUGGAGGGCGGAGGCCUCGUCGCGAACGAGACGAAGCCGACGAACAAGGCAAAGCAGACGUCGAUCGGACGGAAGAAGUUCAACAUGGACCCGAAGAAGGGCAUUGAGUACCUGAUCGAGCACAACCUGUUGGCACCAACGCCAGAGGAUGUUGCACAGUUCCUUUACAAGGGGGAGGGCCUUAACAAGACAGCGAUUGGCGAUUAUCUUGGAGAACGUCACGAUUUUAACGAGCGCGUAUUACGUGCCUUCGUCGAACUCCAUGAUUUUACCGAUCUUAUAUUGGUACAGGCACUGAGACAAUUCUUAUGGUCCUUUCGUUUGCCUGGCGAAGCACAGAAAAUAGAUCGGAUGAUGGAGUGUUUCGCACAGAGAUACUGUCAGCUAAAUCCAAAUAUAUUUACCAACACCGACACCUGUUACGUUCUCAGUUUCGCCAUUAUAAUGCUUAACACGUCCCUACAUAAUCCAAGCGUCAAGGACAAGCCCAGCGUAGAACAGUUUAUAUCUAUGAAUCGUGGAAUCAACAAUGGCGGCGACCUUCCACGAGAAUUACUCGUGAGUCUUUACGAAAGUAUAAAAACGGAACCAUUUAAAAUCCCGGAAGACGAUGGCAACGAUUUGAUGCACACCUUCUUUAACCCCGAUAAGGAAGGCUGGCUUUGGAAGCAAGCAGGUGGACGUUACAAAAGCUGGAAAAGACGGUGGUUCAUUCUCAACGACAAUUGCCUAUAUUAUUUCGAAUAUACGACGGACAAGGAACCACGUGGUAUUAUUCCAUUAGAAAACAUACAAGUUAGAGAAGUACAAGACCGACAUAAGCCGCAUUGCUUUGAACUUUAUGCGGCAGGAUCAGAAUUUAUCAAAGCGUGUAAAACUGACAGCGAAGGAAAAGUCGUUGAAGGCAAGCAUACAGUGUACAGAAUGUCUGCAGCAACAGACGAGGAGAAAGAUGAAUGGAUCAAAUGUGUUCGGCAAAGUAUAUCACACAAUCCAUUUUAUGAUAUGCUAGCCGCAAGAAAGAAAAAAGCACAAAAGACGAAUGUUUAUUCAAAGAGUUAAAUAAUACCUGGAGAGUAGAGUUUCGAAAGGAACUCGAUUGACAUGAAAGACUGUAUUUGGAUCUCAAAGAUUACUUUGAAGAUCUUAGAACACGAUCAGAAGAAGAUCUGAUCGUUUAGAAGCAUCAGCAGAAUGCAUCACACCGAUGAAAUAUGUGGAGACAAGAUACCGAUAUAGAUAUAUUAUAUAUAUAUAUAUUUACAUAUAUAUAUAUAUAUAUAUAUAUAUAUAUAUAUAUAAGACACUGAAAAUAAUAAUAAUUCGAUAUAGUUUUGAGAAUGAAAAGACAGUGUCUCUCAAGAAGAAGGAAAAGAAUAAUAAUCCUUUGUCUCUUUAAAGAUCGAUCGGUGAAAGAUAGAAUUGGUGGUUCAUAUAACGAAGAAAAGUUUAGUACUCUUAAAGAGAUAGCCUAAAAUAUGCUGCUAAGUAACAACAACAAUAACACAACAAGUAAGAUCGUUGAAAGUAAUGAAACAAAGAAAGAAAAAGAGCUAUUGGUAACUUUAUUGUUGUAUUCGUAAAACGAGUUUUUCAAUUAUUUAGGGAGAAGGAGUGGGUAGAGGGAAAGGGAGUGGAAAAGCAAAAAUUCUAUAGAAAUUCUUUCUGAAGUUUCUUAUAGAAUUUAAUCGAAUACAAAAGUAUAAAAAGUUACUAGUAAUAGCUCUGGACUAUUAUUCUUUAAAUCAAGGGUAGAUAAAGAGUGAAAUCUUGUCUACUUUUCUGGCAGCUUUUAAAGGCAUUAUUAUCUGUCGAGGCUCUAAAUGGAACGAUCGUUCAAAAAAAGAGAGAAAGGGAAAGAAGAGAGAGAGAGAGAGAGAGAGAGAGAGAGAGAGAGAGAGAGAGAGAGAGAGA